AGUCAUUUCAGGUCUUGAUCUUCGACAUGCCACAACACCACACACCAUAGACAGAACAAAUAGGUAUCACUAAAGUGUGCUACAAAGAUGACGAAUAAUCUGCUACAACUACUUCUACUACUGUGCCUUGGUUUGACAGUGCAACCCGUCCAUGGGUAUGCGAAUUGGCUAAAAUGCUACGUGGAUUUGGACGACACAGAAGUGGUCAUGAACAAAAAGAUCAAGACCCAUGACGAUGCCGAUCACAUUGUGGAGCUGCAAGUCCAAAAAGAGGGAGACGACGAAUCUUGGACGACUUCCACCGUGUCGUAUCCCGCCAACAAGGCUACGACGUACAAAAUCAAGGUGAAACCACCACAGGCAUUGCAAGGAUCCAAUAUGCAAUUCGUCGUCGAAUACGAAGCUACGUUUAACAAUGGCGAAAGCACAACAACAGCCGCUCAAUUUACAUUUCCCAAAAUGUGCGAUGGAAAACGGUCCUUUGCCCGCAAUUGCAAUGAACCCGUCACGUUUGAAAUCAAUGGGACAGCCGAUUCCGUGGAAAUUUGGGGAGCUUGGGCCAUUGGGUUUGGACAAGUGUCGUUGACGCCUCGUCUUGUAUUCCUCAAGGGAGAUCCAGAACCAGAAGCCGAAUUGUAGAAAUCGAAUGAGCAAAGCAAACUUUCAUAAACAAAAUAAUCCACAAAUGCUCUGGCUGGCAAUGAGUUGAAGCAAAUCAGAUUCCAGAUGCAUUUACCAUUCAAAACAGAGAAAUGUUCAAUUCAUUGAAGCACACAGUCACACACUUACAAUCCAC